CAGGACAUGGUUUGUUGAAGUUGCACACUUCCAUUUGCACGUGACAAUGGAGGGGCAAUUUCGCACAUGGAAAAAGGAAAAAAAAACAAAUAUUGUUUAUGAUGACGUCAGCGAGAAGAAGAAGCAAGGAGAUGAUGACCUGGUUGAUGUUCUUCUCAGAUUCCAGGAUGAUGGAAUUCAGAUUCCGUUGACCACUGAAAACAUUAAAGCUGUUAUCUUGGAUAUGCUGGGUGGUGGGGGUGAGACAUCAGCAACAACGGUGGAUUGGGCAAUGGCGGAAAUGCUAAGAAAUCCAAGAAUCCUGGAAAAGGCGCAAGAUGAGGUGAGACGAUUUUUCGACGACAAAGGAGGAUAUGUUGAUGAAUCGAGAAUUCACGAAUUGAAAUAUUUAAUGUCAAUUAUCAAAGAGACUCUGAGGCUUCACCUACCACUACCUCUAUUACUUCCAAGGAAAUGCAGAGAGAAAUGCGAGAUCGACGGAUACGAGAUACCGGUCGAUACUAAAAUCAUCGUGAAUGCAUGGGCUAUUAACAGAGACCCUAAAUACUGGCGUAACCCGGAUUGCUUUGAACCGGAGAGGUUUCUCGAUGAGGAUUUGGAGGUUGAUUACAAGGGUAAUCAUUUCGAGUAUAUCCCGUUUGGUGCUGGUAGGAGAAUAUGCCCUGGAAUGGCGUUCGGUCUGGCAAAUGUGGAGCUACCACUGGCUAUGUUUCUAUACCAUUUCGAUUGGAAGUUGCCACCUGGAAUGAAACAUGAAGAAAUGGAUAUGUCGGAAUCAUUUGGGAUCACAGCCAGGAGAAACGAAACUGAAAUACCUAAGGUAGGAUUCAGGCUCCACGCGCUGAUUCCGUUAAUCCCACGCGUUUCACGAGAGGAUACCGAAAUCGAAGGGUAUAUCAUCCCAAUCGGAGCCAAAGUGCUGGUGAAUGCGUGGGCCAUGGGCAGAGAUCCGGAUAUUUGGGCCGACCCGAGAUUCGAAAAUGACCCGAAAGAUUUCACGGGAAACGAAUUUGAGUAUAUUUCGUUUGUGGUGGAAGAAGAAUGCGCGUGA